AUGUCCACAUCAUUCCUCUCAUCAUGGACCGCUUCCUGCUCCCCCUUCACCCGCAUCUCGCACUCGUUCCGCAUCGCCGUCCCCAUCCCAACCGACCGUCUCACGGCAGACGACGUCAUCGCCGCCUUGCACAACCACGCCAACUGCCCGACACUGCAGGCCCUGACGACCGGGUACCGCGAAAUCCCGACGACGACGACGGAGCAGCAGCAGCAGCAGGACUCGCCUGCAUUCUCUGAUCCAUUCUUCACCAACACCAACACUAACGACAAUGUCAAGGGGGGCAAAAAGUUCAUCACCUUCCCCGCCUGGUUCAUGGAUACGUCGAGGGGGCUGCGCACGCGCGCGGAUGCCCCGAUGGGCGUGACGGUGUGGGCGGAGUAUAGAGUCGAGUCGGUCAACGCUGCUGAUGAACCUCAGAAGAAUCACAACCAGGAACAGGGCCAGGGCCAGGCAGAGACCGAGUCUGAUCGAUACACCCUCGUCGAAGAGGUCACUGUCGAGUGUGCCCGGGUGCUGAUGCCGUUUGUGAGAAAGAAUGCCGCGCAUGCGCAUCGUGAUAUUUGUAGGAAGAUUCUUGAUCGGGUGGAGGCGGAGAAGUGGGUUCUUGUCAAUGGAGGGAGCGAUGAUGGAGAGAUAAUUACUGAUUAG